AUGUGCCAGCUUUCUAAUCGCUGCGUGCGCCACAUAGCAACCCGUUUCAAGGCAACCCGCUACCUCGCGCACCGCAACGCUGCCACCAUGCACUGCACUGCCAUAUACACGCACGAUUACCGCCUGGCAUGGUUAGUACAUGCUACUAUUCACAAGGUCCGCGCUUUCGAGGCCCCCGACCAAACCGGCUUCUCAACGGAUUCACUGCAAAUUGCCGGGCCCAGCUCGGUAUGUGCAGCAGCGCCACACAGCGGUUCAUUAGUACAUCGCAUGCACGACUUGCCCUGCUGCUUUGCAUCGAAUCGUUCCUAA